GGGAGGGAGGCGAGAAGAGCGGCCGCGGCACUUCCGGUGGGGCGGCGGGAGGGGCCGGAACAGCCUCCCCCACAGAAGCCGUUGGCGGAGGGAGGCUGAGGAGCGGCAGCGGCGGUUACUCGCGCGUCUCUCCCCGUCCUGCCGCUGCCCCCCUCCCGGGCCCGCCAUGGCGGUGGACGUGAGGCGGCUGGAGGUCCUGAGCCUGCAACAGCUGCACGAGCUGCUGGAGGACGAGGAGCAACUUCAGAACAUGGCCCGGGAGAUGGAGGAGGCCCAGAAUGUUCAGCUUAGCAAAGACAUGACUCUUGCCAGCAACCGAAGCCUUGCUGAAGGCAACCUCCUGUACCAGCCAAAGCUGGAUGCUCUGAAGGCCACUUUGACUCAAAAGUAUCAGGAGCUGCAGGUUCUUUUUGAAGCUUAUCAGAUAAAGAAAACUAAGCUAGACAGACAAUCUAGUAAUGCUUCCCUGGAGACCCUGCUAGCACUUCUCCAGACAGAAGGGGCGAAGAUUGAAGAAGACACUGAGAACAUGGCUGAGAAGUUUCUGGAUGGCGAAGUGCCACUGGAUACCUUCAUUGACGAGUACCAGAGUCAGAGGAAACUGGCUCACCUGCGACGUGUAAAAAUCGAAAAACUCCAAGAGAUGGUGCUGAAGGGGCCAAGACUCCCCCCAGGACCACCUCAGCCAAGAGCCACCGACACCCCACCGGCACUUCAGACUGUGGAGGCAAACACUCCUCCUCUGGUUAUGCCUCGGCGGAAUCCGCCACCGCCACCCCCAGCUUCGGGGGUCCCAGCAGGACGCUUUCCCACUCCGUUUACAGCGGCAAUGAAUGCUGGACCCGCUCUCCCCUACCCAAGCGUUCCGUACCCGCUGCUUCCCCCACGAACGGGAGUCCCUCCUACGAGUCAGAUGCCACCACCAGGAUAUCCCAGUCAGUUUGCAUCACAGUUCCCACCAGCACUGCCCCAAAGACCGCCACCUCGCCUCCCGCCCAACCCUGGCUUUAUCUUACAGUGAAUAUGCCAUUGGAGCCAGACUCAUGUAUUGGUGCUUUUCUCCUUAUUCCCUAACUCUGAGACUCACCUGAAGAAGUGGCGAACCUCCCAUUCUGUGCACAUGGGUUUCAGAAGAAGGCUAGGGUGACAGGUGAUGAUGCACCAGUGCACUUGACAAAUAUGAUCGUACUUUUCUUCUUGUAAAGAAUUAUCAUCUACACCACUCUUGUAUGGAAGGUGGUGGGGCCAGCUGAAAUUUGCCACUCUGGUGAAAUGUAUCCAUUAUAUUUGGGGUCUUGAGAAGUUAUUUCAGCUAGUCUGGAAUGCCCGCCUUUUCCGUUGGGAUCUCAUUUGCUUUACGACUUCAAGCAUGGAGAAGUGCAAGUUCCUCAGAGAAACCUCUGUUCUGAUAUGCAACACUCCAGCCAUUGCAGAAGUAUUUGGACUAUGGAACUGCAGUGGCAAACAGGCUGCUAGCCCGGUUCUCUCUUUGCCUGGUGCUUGUGAUACAUGCUCUGGAAAUGAUCAUGUCGGUCUGAGUUCAUUGGGCACCUGAUUGAGAGGGGUGGGGUGCAUCACUGCCAAUGCUGAUCUAAUACCUUUAGUUUCAGGGAGGGGGGGUUCUCUGGACUGCUCUUUCAAACGGUUUCCUCUUAAACUUACCGACCUCCACAAAGUCUCAGGAUCUCCAACACAGUGAAUGCAAAAUACUUUGCCUACUUUUGAAGGGUGACUAAAUUACACUAUUAGUGCCAUUUUGAGAACUCCCCGCAAUCACCCCCACCUGCUCCCUGCUCGUCCCUCUUCCUGGCCCCGUCUGCCUCAGUUUUGUGCGUAAGUUUCCCCAGCAUAGCAUGAAGGCAAGAGACUGUUUUUUAAAAAAUAAUUCACGAUUUCUAAUAUCUUACAGGUUAGUUCCUUCCAUUUAUUCUUGUGAGAUUGGGCAAUCAUCGCUCCCUGUGUCUAGAUCACUGCUGUCUCCUGACCCCGGCUAAAGAUACUCCCACAUCCCCAGAAGAACUAAUUUUUAUGUGCAGGACAUUUAAUCUGCCUCUUUUUGCAGCAGGCAAGAUCUUCUUUUCAAGACUCUGUUCUUCCAAAACACGUUAGUUUCAUAGUACCGGCGUCCUUCUAAAGAUCGUGCCAGUUGUUCUCUUCUCUGUAUAAAUUCUGUCAGCUAGAUUUAAAAUAAUUUUUUGUCCUCAUGAUAACGUCCAAAUCUGGAAUUGCGAUGUUGGGUUUUAAGUCUGCUCCUGGGAUGGGGAUGACCAGUUUUGUGAUUUGAACAGCGGUUAAUGAUAUGCACAAUUAACAUUUUUUUUCCAUUGCAAAGGAGAUUCUUCAGAGAGUUUGGUAGAGGGGGGAUUAGUUCAGAGAGGAUCAACACGGCCAUUUCACGCCAUUGUUUGUGUGUUUGGAUUGCCGCCCGUUCAGAAGGAUCUUGGAAGGAAGCUGUUGUUCUUGUGCUGAAUCGGAAGAUUUUUUUGGAAGCCGGCCAUCGUCUUGAGAGCGGACCACCCAGGCCAGGGAAACUUCUUUGUUGAUGAGUGAAUGUAAAUUCUUGCUGCCUUCAGCUCAGAACUGCCACAAGGUUAAGAAGUGCCCAGAAAAUGGAGGCCUGCGUGUAGGGAGACCUGACCAGCGUUUCAGAAUCCAGUGUUCAUGUGGUAACUCCAACAGCAGCACUGUGGAAUUCUUGCCGUCCACACACAGACCUAAAGAAUGUGGCUUCCAGAAGAGCCCUCAGUGUUUAUAGCGUGGCCUUCUUUUUCCUUCUCAGUAGUCUGGCGAGGAAAACGAGUCUUUGGAAUUGUGACCUGUUAAUUCUGCGAAGGCUUUUGAAGCAGAUGCGCAAAAUCCAAACUUGGGUGAGGUACUUGGGCAAGAAAGCUUAGUUGGUGAUGGAUGUCGGAAGGCCUAGUUCACGCCACAGUGCUGUGGAAAAUUAUAUGUCAGUCCCUGAAUGCAGGUUUUAUAAAAUUGCAAGGGAAGGCAGAUUCUUGUGGGGCAGCGUUACUCGGUGUGUGAAGGACACCUCCUGAAAGACAUUAGGCAGCCUUAUUCUGUUGAAGUGCCACCCCCAACACUGGUGGACAAGUCUGAUUCCGCCCUUGAGUGUGAGGAAAUGGUGGAGGUAAAACUUCGUCAGGACCUCUGCAUGUCUUCUUUUAAACCCAUGCAUCCUCCUUACGUUCAGGAGGCAACCAGGCGCUAGAGAAAUGCUUCUCUGAUCAGGUGUUAGCAAGGGCUGCAUUUUUCAGAACUCCCAGGAUGCAAGUGCAAGAGCGUGAAGCUGCUGGAUCAGUGCAUAAAUUAUCAGCCUGCCUUAUUGUUUUACCACAACUGUGUUCUUUCAUUUGUUGUAAAAACCACCCUGUCUGUUGCUGGCAUUAGUUUUCACGCACUCACAGCUUCACUCCUCUCUGCCACCCUGUUUCUCCUCCCCCUAACCUGUAUCUGACACACUUCUUUUGUGACACAGAAGCAAUUCCCAUCCAUUUAGUGCAGCCACGCUCCCUUUGUAUUCGCAUCGCAUUGGACCUUGUGAUCUGUACUCCCUUGUUGAGAUUGCAGGGGUAAAGAAUGCAAACCACUUCGGCCUGCAGGCCCCUUUUUUGAAGCCAUACUCUUUUUGUGUUGGAUGAAAAAUUGAAACUAUUCUUGUAAUCAAUUGGACAUAGUGCAUCACUGAGCUGCCAUUACUGUCUCAGAAGCCAGUCUUUUGGAACCGGAUAUUCUCCUGUCUGGAGGCAGUACCGUUCGUUGUCAAGACCAGGAACUCGUGGUUGAUUGGAUCUGUGUGUGUGAAUGAAUCUUUUCCUGCUACCAAAGCCUAGCUAGGGGAAGGAAAGCUGGCUCCUAGAGACUCCAUGACUGAUGAAGCCUGAGAUAUUUCAAUACUUCCAGGAUGGCACAUGAUUCCACCCUCCCCAAACAAAGGUGUGCCUCUAUUUACUUCCCCCAAACAAAGGUGUCCCACUGAGUAUCCAUUACAGCUUGAUUCUGGCAUGGUGAACCGUGAGUUGUUUUGUCCUUGUGAUUUCCUGUGUUGCUCAUUGUACUCUGAGUGCAAAGCCCUUGGAGGUCACAGCUCGGCAAAAUGACUUUGCGAGGAUUCGGUUUCCACAAAGAACUGAGAUCUGGUUGUAAUUGUUCUUUUAAAAGGAUGCUGUUUGCACGAUUGCUCAAAGAUAUGGGGAGGAUUCCUAUGAGUCACCUCCUGCCUUCAGAAAGAUGUUUUGCUGGAUGAAUAAGAUGCAUGACUUGGUUGGAGGCAGAGCCAGCCACUGCUUUUAACUGGUCAUGUGGCCAGUGAUCCUGGACUUUUUCGAAGAUUUAAUUCAGAUGGGGUAGAAGACAGCCAGUGAAGGCUCUCUCAGAACUAAGGUUGCUGCCGACGUUGCGUGUGGAAGAUGUUAAAAUUUGUUCUGGAAGCUCAGAGAUGAGUAUGGCUCAUUCAGUGAAAACCGGUUGUAUAUGUUACUCAUUCAGCGUAACAGGGAGUCAGGUCCCUCGCCUUUUCUAAAAAUGGCACUGACCAACCUAUUUUUUACUCCACCUUCAGUUUCUAUCCCCGUGUGGCACAAAGGACACUCCUUGCUGCUGUAAUCUUACCUGCUGUUCAGAACCCUCAACAGGAAUACCAGUUAUGUCUUCCUGCCUUUUUGAGAAUACCUUCCCUUUCACACAGGAAAAUCUGUCUCCUUGUAAUCUCCACUGUCAUUUUUCUUCUACUUUCAAGAAGUUCCCUAUCCACAAAAAGAUCAAAAAAGGUGUUGUUGACAUGGAAGUCGAAAGACUGGCCGGUGAGCCUUGUGCAGUCCAGGGCACGCUACCAAAUAUCAAGGAACUGGAUUCUCUGAGGGCUUCUCUCAAGAAUUCUGAGAAUUGCAGCCCAGGGAGGCUGGGGGGCUGGGGGGGGGGGCACUUGCAUAUUCCCGCCAUUCUUUGAGGAGCUGUGAUUGGACAGGUUUUUCACCGAGUGGACAUGGCCUUAGUCCAUAUAACCCGGGACAGUUUCGUAUGUCAGCCACCAGUACAUAUCCUGGGUUCUGAAACAGCGUCUCAAGCCUAAAGGCGGAAUGUGAGGGGCUCACUUGUGAACUUUGCACUGCAUAUUUCUGUACUGUCUGGAAACUUUGGGGGCUGGCGUUGUCCAAUCGCUUCUAUCAGGAAAUAGUCCAAAAUAUUUUUUACUGAUUUGUUUUUCAAAUACACUUUUAAAAAAUAAACAAUUUUUUUGCAAUUGCUGAACCAUUCAGGGAUACGUUGCACAGAAAAGAGCCACAUUGCAAACAGCAAUUUUUUCUGUCCAGAAGCAAUGCAUUAUGGGGGUGGGGAGAAGCGGCAGCCGUGUGCCUUAGGACCACUGCGUACGACUAGGUGAGAAGGGGCUACUGCAUAUCCUAACACAGUGGUUGUUCAGAGGUAUCGCUUCCUGAUCUGUAGACUCCUUAUGUUGGGGUGUUUGGGCACAAACCUAAGCCAGUGUCUGCUCUUUGUUUGCUGCUGAGCACUGAGGAAUUAGACCCUCAGUCAGCAAGUUGUUUGAAGCUUGGUCGGCCUGGGCUAGCUUUCUCUGAGUAGCCAGGUACCGGGCCUGUUGUAUAGAAGCCCUUCCACUUCUCUCUGUGGUGGACACAAGGCCAGGUGGUACCCGUACCCAUCUAGGCCUAGUGGAGUGACUUAAGUGUUGCAGAAGAUAAUGUCAUUAAUAAUGUAUGCCAGUGGUGUACCGGGCCUAAAUGGUGCCCCAGGGCAUGACCAAGCCCCGCACACACGCACACACACACCCCCCUGGCUCGGCUCCCCACGCCCCACUUAUGGGAGCCGGCAGGGAGAGCGGGGCUCUGAUGGGUGCCCCAGACGAGCACUGCGGUGGCAAGUCGGCCUGCAGGGAGGCCUCAGGGGUGGGGCUCAGCACGUGGGAUUCCCCAUGUCCCCAUACGCCACUGCUGUAUGCUUUAAAAAAUGUGUUUAAAAUGCACCUAUUUGGGAUGAGGAAGUCUUUAUCUGCCUCUUUGGCCCUUUAGUUUUAGAACCCCCAGAUUUGCACAGUGCAUGUUUAGGUGCAGGUAGAGAGGGCACUGGACCAAGGUAGGCGAUUUACUACAGGUGGAAAGCCGGACGCCCGAGCCAAGCUGUAAAGUAACUGAUGUUUUGUGAACAUGGCGUAGCUUGCAACCGGUGAGAGACAGCUCUGGACUAUGCUGGGUUGCCAUUUUCUCUUGACGCAGCUGGAGCGUUUUUGUCCCGUUCCCUUCACCUACAGAUGUUAAGUAUGUUUUACGGUAAGGAAAAGUUGCAGAGAAAAUUAGGUCCGUAAUCACCAGCACAAAGGGGAGAGGGCCAGGCAAAGAAGCUCUUCUUGUCCCAGAGAUUAUCUUUUGAAAAUGAGAAUUGCCGAGGAAAUGUAGAACAGGAGCGGUGAGGUCACAAUCUGGCGCCAAGAUGCAGUUUUAAAACACGAGCGUCUUGGGUUUCGAACCACCUACAGAUGGCAGGCACCGCCUAAAACGAAUUUGUGCUUUUCAGGGGGAAAAAAUUGAUGCAACGAUCACUAAGUUAACCUGGUUUAAGAGUAUAGACUGAUGAUUUUAGUGUCUAGUUUGGGUGUUGCUCUUCUUUUGCUGCCGUUUUUAUGAAACUGCAAUUAUGUGUGUGUUCAGUAUACCUGUUAUGUGCAGUUAGUGGUGGUUAAAAUUAGUCCUUUUAAAAAAAGAGAAAAAAAACACACCUUGGAGUGAAGGAAGCCAUGGCCCCCUUAUCUGGGUUUUCUGAGGGGGGGGGGGUAAUAGCCACUUUUUUAAUAUAACUGUCUUAAUUGUCCUUGUGGCAAAACGGGAUUGCACAAUAUGUUAGCUUGACGUAACCCCUGAUCCAUUUCUUGAGUUGUACAUAUUGUGGGGAAAGUGAGUGAACGUUGCUGGCUUAUAGCUUCAUCCUCCAGUGCGACUCUUUUGUGACUUGUGGUUAUGAGGAGAGACAGAGAAUCAGUUUUGAUUGAGGGUGGUUGUGUUGUAGGUCAGAUUGGGGGGUAGGGGACAGAGGUUCAUGAACGACGGUCUCCUUGGUUAGGGCCAGUGGGAUAAUAAUCCUGAGGAGAGAGCUGGGUAAUAUUCUAAGGCAGGGGUGGCCAACCUAUGGUGCUCCAGGUGUUCAUGGACUACAAUUCCCUUCAGCCCCUGCCAACAUGGCCAAUUGGCCAUGCUGGCAGGGGCUGAAGGGAAUUGUAUGUAGUCCAUGAACAUCUGGAGCACCAUAGGUUGGCCACUCCUAUUCUAAGGCAUUGAUCCUGUCAUACCUGACACACUUGGCUGGUUCCUUGACAGUUCUAGAUGUGUCAGUGGUCUGCGUUUCCUCAGUGAACUCUCUGCCGCAGCCCCCAAACACAGAAUAACUACUUCCAAGAGAUUGUCAUUCGUGGCUGUAGUACUAUUCUCCCUGUGUAACGAAAGAUUUCAGCUUUCUUUGUGCUGUAUAAAUGAUGGAAACGCUGUUGAAUAUCCUCAAGUCAAAGGCUGCUCACUCUUCUUGUAGAAUUGGCUGUUUCAGAUUUGCAGUGAUUAUGGAAUAAAAUCCUAGAUUUUGUACA